UCUGGGAAGGGCAGGAAAGAAGGUUGAAGUUGAAGCGUUGUUGGGAAAUGUAGUUCCAGGAGGGCGAGGAGUAAAAGGAGAUGCAGUUCCGGGAAUUAACAGGCAUCUUGGCCAAAUACUACCAGCUUUCAGGUCAUGGAUAAAUUUGUUAUACGAACACCCAGAACUAAAGGAGAACCAACAAAGAGAGAUCCUGGAAAAAAGAUUUAUAAACAAACUACAAUAGAAUCUCUGAAGAGAGUUGUGGUUGUAGAAGAUAUAAAAAGAUGGAAAUCUGUGCUAGAGCUUUCAAUUCAAUCUAAGGAGAAUCUAAUUGAGGCUUUGAUGGAGUUAAGGAAAAAAAUACCCUCCAAGGAAAUUUUACUUUCAACGAAAAUAGGUCAUACAGUGAAUAAGAUGCGGAAACAUCCAGACCAGGAUGUGGCCACUCUUGCGAAAGAGGUGUAUACCAAAUGGAGAAGCUUCAUUAAGAACCAGUCAAAUAGACCUUUAAUUGAAGUCAGGAGUAAUCCCAGAACAGAGGGCCUUAGACAGAAUGCACGGAAGUUACUAGCAGAAGCUCUAGAGGUCAAGAUUGGUCACCUGCUGGCAGAAAAUAUUGAGCAAGAAGCUUUUUAUAUCUCUUCCCACCUUGUUAACACAUCCUACCGCAGGACUGUGCGAGCACUCGUGUUCUCUUUAAAGCACAAUCCUGAAACUCGCGCACAAGUGCAAAGUGGGGUUUUGCCAGUUAGGAUGCUUGUACAAAGCCACAAAAAGUGAUUCAUAUACCUCCUGCAGAUUUGAAGGGUGUACAACGGCAUAAGUAUUCCAAAACAUGGGACUUCUUUUUCGUCUUCGUUUUUUGGUGGACUAAGAAUGUUAAGCAUGUUUUAGAUCAAUAGUACUGAAGAAUCAUAAAUAUUUAAGAAAGUUUGUUGCUGGCCCAGUCAUCGUUUGAAGCAAAUGGUGGUGUGCAAGAUUGAGUAAUGGCAUUCUUCUAUCGUAUAACAACCUAGAAAGAAGUCUAUUUUAGGCAGUAGAGUCUGCAAUCUUUGUAGUAUGCCAGAAACUUUAAGAACUGAAAUAAAAUGUGCAAAAUGGGAAGUGGCCAAAUAACCAGAAACUAGCAUAUUUGGCAUCCUCCACAGCUGAGUCAAUCUCUAGCAAGGUACUUCAAUAUAUGGGGCUGCCACCAGGAAAGUAUCUCUGGGUUGCCCCUCCUUUAAUCUCAACUGGGGCAGGAAUCCUGAGUAACCCCUCUUGGGAGGUUGGCAGGUUCUGGUCAGGAGAGAGAAUCCUGCAAGUACAGAGAUGCCAAACCAUGUAGGGCUUCAAAAGUUAAAACCAGCAUCUCACACUGGAUCCAGAAGCCUGUUAGUAACCAGUGCAUCGACUUCAACAACCUGCAUCAACCUGCUGAUCCUGUUUCCUCUCUGUAUUCUUCACCAAAGUACAGCUUCCAGAUUAUCUUCAAGGACAGAAGUCUAAGCUAAUGUGGUUGCACUGUUGCAAGUUCUCUUUUAGCUUUCAUACAAUUUCAUCCCUUGGUAGCCUAGUGGAAAUAAUCCUAUCACUUCUCUAGGUUUUUUUUUUUUACCUUGCUAAGUAGAUCAGCCUCUGGAACAACUUCAUAUCAAAAUACAUGCUAAGCUCAAGAGAAAGAAAGUCCCUUGAUAACCUAGCCUGUCACCAGUCUCCUAUGGAAUGUCUCACUGCAGGUCUGUUAAUUUUGCAGACAUGAUUAAAUCAAUGAUUCUCUUAGCGCCAACCUUUGAUGCAGGACACAUAAUUGAAAUGCAGGUACCCUUUUUUACUUGUGGUGAUAUGAUAUGCCAUUUGGUGGUAGAGUUUACCCAGCUUGACAGUGACCAUGGUGUUAUUUAGAGCUGCUUUUUCCACGCUGCUGCUCCCUUUUCUGCCUCAACAUCCCCUCCUGUUUCUUGGAUGAAACAGGAUUCUUGUAUUGCCCUAAAGGAGCUGCUAUCUGUAGCAAUUAUAAAGCCAAAAAUGGACAGCACACCAAUCUAUACACACAAAUAUUAUUUCAGCCUAACCACAUGCUCAAUGGAAUUGAUCCACUGUUGAUCAAUGGGAUGUCCUGCAAUGCUAGGCACACUUAUCUGGGAGAUUUACUUCUGAAUAGGCAUGUAUACAAUUUCAUUUCUUCUCUAUAAACUUUGUAAACCAGCAUAAGCAUUAGUCACAUUCAUGCUUAUACACUUAUGUUCACAAAUAUAUGACAUUAUUUAUUUAUUUAUUUAUUUGAUUUGAUUUCUAUAGCUGCCCAUCUCAGCGAGUGACUCUGGGCGGCUGAUGAACUUAUGAUCUUUUAGCUCCAUAAAAUAGCUCUUCUGUGAGUACAGGCUUUGUGUGAUUGCAACAGAGGGACAUGUAUUGUUUAGUAAUGCUAUAUUGAAAGUCUAUUGUCAAAUUACAUUAAUUUCUUGCUCCUACAGGUAACAAAAGCUAUUGGUAGCUUUUUUCAGCCAGUGUCAAUAAAACCUAGAAAAUGGUUAAGUUUAAACAUCAGCAACAUGACGGAGUUACAGUUUCCCAAGUUUCUUUUAAAAAGCUGACCUUUUGCUUCGAAAUUAAUAAUAAAGAAAAGAUCACUAACAUAGUUGUCCCUCACAAGCAGGGGGAGAGCAAGUAUUUCAACUAACAUGUUAUCAAAAACAGUUUUUAUUUUCAUUAUAUUAUCAGUUAGUAUAAUUAAUAUCAAAGUAUUUCCAGCAUUUGUCCAGUCUAGAAUAUAUCUAAAAUCACAAUUUUUAUUUUUUAUUAUGCUGCCAACUACCAGCAUCCCAUGGGCAGCUUGCAAUGGAAAUAAAAAAAAUCAGGAAAAAAUACUAAAAUAACAAUUUAAACUAAAAGCAUCAACUUUUUUUUAAAAAGGGGUGGGUCUUUUAAGACUUUCCAGAUACUAACAAGAUGGUUAGUUCUCUCAAUUUGAGAAGAUCAGCAACCCAGAAAGCAGGAGUUACAAGUGCAUCAAUCCCAAAAUAGGUAUCACACUUUUAAGAUUCCAUCAGAUGUUCAGCUCAUUGUGUUCUUUGGGCUGGUCUAUGUGAAGCCCUAAAGGGGUGAUUGAGUUUAAUCAAGCCUCCAAUGGAGUGGUCCAUUUAUGCGGCUCUAUACAACAAUUCAGGACUUUUAAAAUGUGGCUGCACAUCACUCAGCUACAUCACAAUGACUGCUCCACUGACUUCUGAUGGUCUUCUGCACAUAUGGAUGCCUGCACGGAAGACACCCAUUUGGAUGGGAGUGGCCAGGAAAAGCCAAGUGGCCACUAGUGUAGGAGCACCUCACUUUUCUAUGUCAUGGCACUGUCUUGCUCCAGCAGGUAAAGCUGUUUUGCAAUCUCUAUUGUUCACACAUUUUGCUAUAUUUCUGGAUGAGCAUCAGUUGAUGUAAAUGAGAGCUAAAUCCAAGCAGACUUUCCAGUAAUCUGUAGUUUGUCCAUUGCAAAGUAAAGACAUUUUCCCCAUUAAAAACAAUGUGUUUCCUA